AUGUCACAGGAUAUAAUAUAUACAAGCACAUCUGAUGAAAGCUUCAAGAAUAGGUCUACCGGAUACGAGUACACAGUGGGCCCUAAACCUUCACUUCCGGACGAAUGCAACAGAUCGCCAUUGACUUCAAAAUUAUAUUCAGAAUCAUUGAACACAAAGAGACAUGAGGUUUCAUUGUCUGCUAUGACAUUUCUCUUUCAGGAGAUGAUCUCAUCAUUACAUAAGGAAUGCAAAACGGUCACAGAGUUUGAAACUAAAUUGUCUAAUUAUGGUGAAUCCAUCGGUUCGCGGUUAUUAGAAUUAUUAAACUUUAGGUCAUCAAUUUCACCCGGAAGCUCUUCAAGAACGUCUACUUUUUUGACCUCCUCCACAUCUGUAUUAAGCUCUCAAACAAGUGCACCAGGAACCAAUGCUAAUUAUACAAAUAAUACAAAUAAUAAUAACGGUGGGGGUUCCACUGGUAAUGGAACUAGGUCCAGGUCAAACACGGGUGCUUCGUCGAAGGAUUACGCAUCUUCAAUAAAGACAUCUAACAGAGACUCCUCGGAUCGUCAUCACCAUCAUCAUCAAGUGGAGUCCUUGACAAGUCAAAUUUCUAAGAUGAGACGUCGUGAUUUAAAGAUACUAGAUAUUUUACAAUUCAUUCAUGGAACUUUAUGGUCAUAUUUGUUUAAUCACGUCUCAGAUGAUUUAGUGAAGUCGUCAGAAAGGAACAAUGAAUAUAUGAUAAUCGACAAUCAGCCGCCUUUGACUCAAUUUAUAAGUGGACCUAACAAUAGGAUAUCAUGUGACUAUUUUAUAUGCGGUAUUAUUAAAGGAUUUUUAACAAAUGCUGGAUUUCGUUGUAAAGUUACCGCACAUGAAAUGCCACAAGGUCAAUUUGAAAAUAGAACUGUUUAUUUAAUCCAAUUUGAUAAUCAAGUGUUGGAAAGGGAAGCUAUAAGAUUUGAUCAACCAUGA